AUGGUGUGUUUUCAAAUUUUAGCUGCAGCGAUCGGAGCUGUGGCUGUGGUCCUAAUCCUACGACUAUGGAUAGUGCUUCGGCCCCAGGACGUGGCACCCUGGGAGUCCCUCAAUCUCCUGGUGGUGGCUGGGUCCGGUGGUCAUACCACAGAGAUCCUGAGGCUGGUUGGGAGCUUGUCCAGUGCUUACUCACCUAGACAUUAUGUCAUUGCUGACACUGAUGAAAUGAGUUCCAAUAAAAUUAAAUCUUUUGAACGAGAUCAAGCUAAUUGAGAUUCUAAUACCAUCUAUCCAAUACUACAUUCACCAAAUUCCAAGAAGCCGGGAGGUUCAGCAGUCCUGGUUCUCCACAGUGUUCACCACCUUGCACUCCAUGUGGUUCUCCUUUCCUCUGAUUCUCCAAGUAAAGCCAGACUUGGUGUUGUAUAAUGGACCAGGAACAUGUAUUCCUAU